CGGGAUAGCGUUUCUGUCACGCCUAGUAGGAGCAAAGGAAAGGAAGCGGACAAGACCCAAGUCAAGGAGGAGCCUGAAGCAAGAGUUCUCAGAGCGCGCCCUUCUGUAGUCGGGGAAAAAUCAGAUCUAGUUGGGCCCCCGAAGCGCGAGAUUCCUCGUGGUUCAGAUGGACGUCCGCUUCCAACGUGCGUGACGUGCUCGAAUGUCUUGCCUGUGAUUUCCGUGGAUUCCAAAGUGGUGUGGGGUCUGAAUCUAGACUCCCCGCGGAAGGGCAAGAAGUCCAAACAAAGGCAAGAGUGUCCA